AACUCCAACUCGACAUAACCCACGCUAUCAAAUAUCUUUGUCGGUAGUCAAACAUAUCUGAAGCUACCUAGUCAUCUACUGUUCAACUCCAAAGGCAAUACAACCAUGAUCUCCUGACGAAAACUAGAAAAUGUAACAUGCUCCGCUUGUUUCCAUUCCACUCCGCACCGUCCACCACCUUUUCGACUUGACAACCAAACGUUUUUGAUCAAGGCGCCAUGGCUCAAUCAACCAACAAUUUCAACGUGCUCAUCCCAGAACGCCCAAGAUAUCUCUACUUUGUGCAGCAUGCCAGCUCUCGGGCCCGCAUGACCAACGACGGUGGUUUCGAAGCUGCAGAUAACUGGACUACGCCAUACAGCUGCGCACAUCUCCAACAGCUCAUCAUGAACCAUGUGAACUGGACGUGCAGAAUUCCUAGCUGCUUCAUUUCCACGUUUGGUAGCUUCGACCACGCCUAUGACUGGGGAAUGCAGAGGCACCGACCGAUCACCAUCCACCAGAUUGAUACCAAUCAAAUGCACCCACAGAGGCCGAUCUUCACAGCCUGUUAUUUCACGCCCAAUUGUUGUGUUUGCGAAUACCUGUUUCUUCACGACAUUGCUGGUUCCAGCAUCACUUACAGAUACUCACUUCCCGGUUCCAUUCCAUUGAAUGAAACAAACAUGACAGUGACGAGAAGUGCCUGGUACUGAGCAUACAACACACAUAGCCUUGGGAUUCUUCAAUAUGCUACUGUGUGUGUUCCCAUUGUCGGGACAGCCAGGUGGGAAAGUCUGGCAAUGUCCG